CGAUAGUGUUAUCGAAGUUAGUCCACAAAUUUGUCAAAACACAAACAAUUUUAUAAAAAUCCAGCAUUUUCUUUAAAUAUGAGCUCGCCCACGAGUAAAAAUGUUAGCGAAACCAAUGGAAACAAGCCCAAGAAGUCGGGCAAGACGAAUUCGAAUGCGAAGAGUGGGCAAAUGGACACACGUGCCGAACUGGCGGACCUCAUCAAAAAAAAGGCGGAAACCUCGGAGCAACUGGCCAAUCUGGAGCGACAGAUCUACGCCUUCGAGGGAUCCUACUUGGAGGACACUCAGCUGUGCGGAAACAUCAUCCGCGGCUGGGAGCGCUACCUGACCUCCAACAAGGCGACCAAUUCCAAGGCCGACAAGCGGAACCGCAAGUUCAAGGAGGCGGAGCGCCUCUUCUCGAAGUCCAGCAUUACCUCCAUGGCUAUAUGCAAUCCCGAGCGCGCCAGCGAAUCGGAUUCCAUUACUAAUGAAGACUCCAGCGACAAUCAGAUCUCAAUCAACCAGAACACUACCACGGCCCACGAUGGAGCCACGACAAUCAAGAGCACGCCAAAAGAUGAAAAGGAUUCCCCCUCGCAUCGAAAUGAGAGUAGUCUGGCAGUUGCUGGAGGUACCGGACUGGUACCUGGAUCUGCUGGCGGUGGAGGUGUCGGUUCAGGAGCAACUCUAGGCACACCCACUUCGAAUACAAAGAGCAAACUUUCCACUAACUCCAGUGCGACGGCCAAAAAGAGCGGGCACAUAAAUAAGAAGAUUCGACAUCGAUGAUGACUACUACGGUUGGGUCUUCACCGGAAAUAUUAACUUUUUAAGUUCAAAGUUUUUAAAUUUAAAUUUGUUCAACUAAUAAAACAAAUGUAGA